UCCAUGAAACUACUUAUCCAACCCUGCUACCCUUAUAUAUCCUAUUUAAACCUAGUUAGAUCUAAAAAUGUCUAAAACAUUACGUCAUGAUUAAAUCUUAAACUAGAAGUUGAAACACAAAUCAAGGAAUCCCAUAACGUCAUGCUACCGUUUUAUGCCUUUGCUUUGGUCCUUUUGUUUCAUUAAUUCAACCCAUUUCAAUCCUAUGAUACAUUCUUGGAUUAAGAUACACCUUCCUUGUUACUAAACUAGAGUGAUUAAAGAUUUGAAUACAAAGGUUAGAACCACUCAUUGAGAAGAUAAAAACGAUAAUUAAAUGCCAGAAAACUGUCAAUUGAACUUCAGUAAUUGUAUAAUCAGUGAUCAGUGUAUUGUGAAGUGAGAUUGUCCUUAGUACUGUUGGUCCAAAGUGAGCCAAGUGAGCCCAGUGAGCCCAGUGAGCCCAGUGAGCCAAAAUGUUGAGCUACUUCUCUAAUCCUGAUUUAAGAAGAGGAGAUGAAAACGUGAUGCUGCAAAGUGUUCAAUGGAAUUCUGAACUGAAGUUAUCUAACCGUCCUCAACGACAAUCCGAAAGCUAUUACAAGAAAGCCUCUUCUCUGAGCUACCAGCCUCGCCAGCCUAAAACAAGCCUCCAGCAAGAUAUCCACAGACGGAGGUUCGGCUCCGAGAUCGGGCUCCAGGGUCUGGGUUGGACAGUAUCCGAUGCUGAGUUUGGAAGUUUAGGUGCUGAUCAACGAAGGGAUAGUAUCAACACACUCUACGGAGAUUUCAGGGAUACAAUUCCUGGCGCUACCCACCACCCUGACAAGAAACCAAAAAGCAAGAAGAAAGAACGAAUUCUAAAAUUCUUUGGAUUUAAGAGAAAGACGUGUUUUGAAGAAGAUCCUGAAGAUGGAUCCUUCUACUAUGCCGGAGGAUCAAGAGAAUCAAAAGGAUCGAGAGGAUCGAGGCCGAAAUAUGCCCAAUCCGAGCUGGGAUCCUCCAAACAGAGGUUGAAUAAAUUGGAUGCUAGAUAUGCCUCCAGUAUCCUCCGAGGUUUUAGUAGUACGGAUACAGGGUUUGUAAGUUCGGAGGCUGGGUUUAUCGACUCUGAAACCUCCGAAACCUCCGACAGUGAGACGGAUAAGCAGAGCGGGGUUACAGAAAUAGAGGUCAAAGAGAUAGAGGUUACAGGUGACCCGGAGAUAGAGGUUACAGGUGACCCGGAGAGGAAAAUAUCAGAUCAGCUUUAUCUUCCCAUGCAAAGUCUCAAGGGUAUCUUAGCAGCAGAAGGGAUUACCCAAGAACCCGCGGAGAAAUGUGAGGACACGGCUGAGCCCAAAGAAGAAGAAAACGUGGAAACUGAUGUUGUAGAGUCUACGGAGAGUGAGACUGAGAGCUCUCAUGAAAAUUCAUUAAACUUUGAAGAGAUUGAUGCUUCCACUGAAAGGUCAUCGUUCUUGAAAGAAAUCGCCGAAUCGCCAAGGCGUAUGCUCGAGCCCCUGUCUUAACCGUUAACGGCUCUGAGGACGGUUUUGAUGGUUUCAGGAUCGGAGUAAACGGAUUUGAAAAUCCCCUUCGUGAUCCGAAAACCGAAGAAUUCAAAAAACAAAUUGGAACCGGCUGCAAACUUAAAAUGGACGACACGGGCAAUAUCUUGGUAAAGAGGUUGUCCAAAUCCAACAUCUACGUGAAGAACACAAUAGAAGAAAAUGCGGUAUCUAACGAUAUUUUGAAGCUACCUAACGGUCAGCUAGAAGCAGAGAAACCGUUUAAACUGUUUGAUAUGAAAAAGUUCCAGCAGAAUGUGAAUAGAGAACUCAAAAGACAAUAUCCUGAAAGAUACAAGCUGGAAACACAGUGUAUAUCUACGAUUGCUCUGGUAAAGAAUGAAAGUGAGGUACUGGAUUCUCCAAUAUGGAUUAUGCUCAUCAAUGUUGUGGCCCUAGAGAUGCUUAAAGCUAAGAUGCCAAGAAUAUCAGGACCCUCCCGUGGUAUUGGACAGUACCCCCUGAAGAAGCUGGCAGGGAGUGGAUCCUCUGAUGAAGAUCCCUACUCCCUCACUCCCUCAGGAUCCUCGGGAUCCUCAGGAAAGGGUCCUCGAGGUCCUCAUGAGGUUGGGAAAAAGGAGAGGGAUUAUUAUGGACCUCAGAAUUGGGCGGUUAAAGGAGGAGUAAAUGAUUUAAGUGACGAAUAUAUUGAGGAUGAGAUGAACCUGGGCCUUAAAUCUAAACUGCCGAGUAGAUCUAGAACUAGAAACAACAAAAAAACAGACGAGAAGAUGGAUAGAUUAGAUGAUCCUUACUAUAACGGAAUGAGCGCCAGAGUCCCAGCUUUUGGAAGAAAAGUGGAAAAACAACCGGAAAAACAUUUUAAUAGAAUGAAGUCUCCUACCCGCCUGGGGGGCGUGUCUGGUAAGCUAGGUGGAGGAGUGGGCCAGAUAGGGGGUGGAGCUGGUCAAGCCUGGUGGCAUUCUAGACUUUACCCAGAAGGAUUUCCAGAAAGUGGUGUAUCCCUGCUGCAUGUUGAUCAGGGCGCUAAGGACCAACGACACGUGGAAAAGGAUCUAAAAACAAAGGAAUUGUCGAGCUACCACGAUGGCGGACGGGGCAAUGCGCAACAGUUGCCAAGGAACCGGUUUGCUUCUCCUUCCCGUCCUACCAUUUUCCGCAGCGGCUGGGAAUGAUCAUGGAAAUCCGCCAAAAACUAAAAUUUCCCCAGAUCUGUGUACUAGUCCGUUCCAUAGCUAGUCCAAAAUGCAAUAUAAUGUGAAUAAAAGUAAAAGAUAAAUGAGAAAAAGACCUCUUCCUAGUCUAAACUGUAAGUCGCGGCAUUGGUUCAAUCUUAGUGAACAAUAAAGCAUUAUUUUCUAAGUCAUAACUAAGGCUAAAAUUAUACUCCAAUGUAUAAUGUACAUUAUACCCAUCCUAAAUGUAUGUAGGCCUAAAACCAGUAAAUAAUACUGCCAUUUUUCCUCUUCCUGUAAAAUAUAUGUACUUCAACGUAAUGUGUUGUAAAUGUAAAUAGUGUAAACAAUACUUUAAUUAUAUUUUUUAAAUUUUGUAAAGUUUUUAUCAUUGUGCUUAAAAUUGGCAAGAUUGAUUUAAAACAUUUGUUCUUUAUUUUGUACGCAAAAAAAUAGGGUUGGUCUACACCAAACGCUGUUUUGGAUUUCAGAAUUUAAGAAACAAUUCGUUUUUAUGGACCUGCAGUACCAACUUCUCACAUUCGUAGAGUAAACUCAAAUUAUAUUCGAACUACUAUGACAUUUCUUUGAUCAACCAUGUCUUAAAACUAACUUUUAAAACAAAUUGAUUCAAUUAAAAUUUACUAAUAUAAAUGUAUAAUAUCUGUUAAAAUAUUAAAACUUCAACUGCUUAUUGUAUUGUAAUAUUAAGAAGGGUUAAAAUCAUACAGAAAUAUUACAUAAAAAUAAUUCAGUUUAUUUUUAAACUGCUUUUUAACUAUUAUCAUUGAAAACAAAGUUUUAGAAUUGGUAGAUAUACAAACUUGUAAAGAAAAAAUUUUCAUCUUAACUAAAAAAAACUGUUUUGGUUUAAUCUAAUUUCAUUGAUUGUGAAAUGCAUUAUUCAGUAUUUUGACCUAAUGCAGUUUCAUGUUUUUUUUUCAUUCCUUUUUUACAAUUUUUCAAUGUUAUUUAGAACUUGUGAUAAACAGUCGGCUGUGAAUGUAGAUUAUUUAACC